AUGGGGCAAAGCAGAAAAAGUAGUGUCGUCACAGAUAGGUCGUCUGGGAACUUCGGCGACCAGCCUUUGUCUCCACCAGACACGCCAUGCCCUCCCUUUACAAGGAAAUAUGGUGACGCAAAUCAUAGCAUUCCGAAAGAUUACACAGAGGCUGGCCGCUUUAUUCCACCUUGGGAAGCUGCGAAGCAAAUUGCACUUUCCCCUGGGGAGCUGUCAGUGGACAACUGGCAGGUAAACUACGACCCGCAUGCUCCUGAUCUUGAGGCCACUUGGAACCCUUAUGCAGGGCUACACCUCAGAAGUCCUUCACAUUGUGAGACUCAUGGAAUGCAACAAAUCAACGCUAGCAUUUAUCAUUUAGGAGAUGUCAGAGCUCAAACUUCGGAGCAAAAGCAAACAAGCAAAUAUGAGCUCUCUGACCCUGGCCUGCAUAAGGCUCGACCAAACAGCAGCACUCCUAAUACAAUGCACCUGCUAAGUGGGAUUAGCUGUGUUGGAGCUCCUUCACCCUUGCUGCAGAAAAUCCCCGUAGUGCGACCGCAGCAAAUGGUGCAUCUCUGUAUCAUGACACUAGCAAGUGUGGGGUAUGUGCUGAUCCUCACAGAACAAAUAGGGCUGACACAUCUCGUGGCUUCCAAUCCACUCGAUCAACUCUCGAUGCCGAUGGCAGCCUGUGCAGCUGUUUGCUUGGCAUAUACGUGCUAUGUUACCGUGCUCCAAUGCAUAGGGGUCAAAAUCGAGGAAGCAGGUACUAGCGCUCUUCUGGAGAUAAAACACCCUUCCUCGGACUUUUCGUCUACAUGUUCGCCUAUCCAUGGCCUAAAGUCUGUGCAAAGGUCGCAAGAGCUACAAAAGCGGUUUACGUCAGAUGUUCUGAGAGCGUUGGCUAGUUGCGUAUUAUGCGAUAUGUUGCGAACUGAUACACCACUCUGGCCACUGCUAAACAUGCCUUUAAAUGCCAGCAAUAAACCACUCGCUGAUCCGCCAGUGUUUGCACCUUCACCCCGGGGUGCAUUAAUUGGCAUUUUCGGAUACCCCCCGCGCCACGCAGAAGGGCAAGCACGCUUUUCCUACUUACUACGGCUGCGCCACAUCCUUCUCCCAAUCAUGGCAGAUGGAGCACGCAUCGUAGGCUUGUGGUUUGCCUUUAAGGCUCUACGCCAGAUUCAUGGAACGGAAUCAGCUCAGAAUUAUCCGCGUCAAGUGAAACACUGUCGUGCCCGUCAAGGCCACAUGAUGGUCCUAGUACUUGCUGCUGUCUUGAUAGCUUCUGUCAUAUUUUGUCAGGCAUUUUGGAGCUCAGCUUGCUUCGAUUCUUUAAGAGACCUGUUUCCGCCUGUGGGGGAACGGGCUGCGUUUCUUGCUGGCCUUCUUUUGCGCGCUCACGCUAUUCUUCUCGCAAUAGUCGCUGCUCUCAGCGGCUGUGUUUUAGCUGCAGCUUUUGGUCGCCUUUCUCACAGGCAGUCAGUUACCUUGUCCAAACUUUUUGGAGUUGUAUCGUCUCUUUCCUUCUUAUGCUACGUUCUUUUUGACGUCUUCAUUGCAGCAGCUCCCUCUUUACGCCAUGGUUGUGCACCCGAUUCAGGAUCAGCAGAAAUGCACAGCGGUUUUUCAGCCAUCAAGGCGUUCGCUACAGCAGCAACGGUAGCUCAUUUGCUGGCUCAGUUGUGCCUCAGCUUGAGCGUAAUUACCUUUGGGUUCAAGGAUGCGCUUGUGAAUGUUGCAUCUAAUAUUCAAAGCAGAAACGAAGCACAUUGCUUGGGGUUCGUAAACAGACCAACUGAAGGGAACUAG